AUGAAAUUUUCCAAGAUUGCCUGUGCUGCCGCUUUUGUUUUAUCUUCUCAAGCUGCUAUCAUUCACCAUGCUCCAGAAUUCAACAUGAAAAGAGACAUUGCGACUGCUGAUCCUGUUGUUGCUGAACCUGACGUUUCUGUAGCUGCUAAUGUUGACACUUCUAUUGCGAAAAGAAGUAUUAUUGGAAUUCUCACAGCAAUUCUUAACAAUGUUCCACAAAUAAUCAAUGUCAUCACGACUAUUAUCAAAUCUAUUACAGGAAACAAGAGAGAAGAUAUUGAUUCUGUUGUUUCUGGUGUCAUUGCUGAUAUGCCAUUUGUUGUUAGAGCUGUUGACACUGCCUUGACAUCUGUUGCUUCUACCAAAAGAGAUGGAACUAAUGAUGAUGUUACUAAUGCCAUCGUCAGAUUGCCAGAAAUUGUUGCUCCUGUUGCUACUGGUGUUCAACAAACUGUCGAAAACGCCAAGAGAGACGGUGUUGAAGACAUCGGUCUUAAUAUUGUUGCCAAUUCCCCAAGACUUGUUUCUGAUGUUAUUGGAGGUGUCCUGGAAACUGUUAAACAAGCUAAAAGGGAUAAUGCUGAAGAUAUUCUUACCAAGGUUCUUCAAGAACUCCCAGAUAUUAUUUCUAAGGUAUCCAACUCUACAUUGAAAAACAGUCCACCAUUUAAAAGAGAUGCAAACACAGUCACUCUUAGCAAAUUGAUCAAAAAAAGUAUUGAAACGAUCGGUGUUGAAAAUGCUGCUAAAAUGGUUUCAAAAAGAGAUAUUUCUUCUUUAAUUGCUGAAUACUUUGAAGAAGCUUAG